UGCUGAGUGUGAGGGACAGGCAUCAUUAAAUUAAAUGUCCAUCAGUGUCACGCUGCUCAGAUUAAUUGUGCAAACUUGGUUAGUGGAGUGGGAUAGAGAUCACUGGUCACCACUCUGUUAGCAUCAUUAGCAGCUAGGGAGGAGGUUCUGAUUUACACGCUCUGCUCUGAUUUUUUUCCCUUCCUCUUUCUCUUUUCUUUCUUUCUUUUUUUUUUUUUUCUCCUGGUUGGAGGGGUCUGUAUGUGUGAUUAAAAUUAAACAAGAGUAUUAACAAUGCUUGGCUGAAUGCUAGAGACUGGUUCUUAUACCACCCUGACUAAUAUAAUUCUGUAUUAAGCCUUUUUGAGGGGAGCCUGUGUGCAGUCAGCCAUUUUAGUUUUCUUUUUUCUUUUUUUCUCCUUUUCUUUUGCCUCUGUUCUUUAAUCUCAGAAAUGAUCUUGCUCUCUCAGAAGACUGUGAGCUGUAUAAGGUUUCUUCAAUCUUGCCGUAGCUUGAGAUGGUUAGAGUUUCAGCGUUGUAAAAAUGGAGACGAACACCGUUGUUCAGAUUCCUUUUCUGGUCUACAAGUGUGAGGUGUUUUUUUUUUUUUUUUAAGCUUACCAGUAGUGACACUUUCAGCUGCAGCUUGGUUUCCUCCUCCCUCUUUCUCCUCUCCCCCCCCCCACCCCUUUUCUUUUUUAAUUUAAUGCUGUAGAGGGUGACUUGCCAUCUAUGAGAGAUUGGUACAUGAUGUGUAAAUUCAGUUCAGCAUAUGUUUCUUCAUUAUGAAACCACUAGCAAUCCCAGCUAACCAUGGAGUUAUGGGCCAGCAGGAGAAACAUUCACUUCCAGCAGAUUUCACAAAGCUGCACCUCACUGAUAGUCUCCACCCACAGGUGACCCACGUGUCUUCUAGCCAUUCAGGAUGUAGUAUCACUAGUGAUUCUGGGAGCAGCAGUCUUUCUGAUAUCUACCAGGCCACAGAAAGUGAGGCUGGUGAUAUGGACCUGAGUGGUUUGCCAGAAACAGCAGUGGAUUCCGAGGAUGAUGAUGAUGAAGAAGAUAUUGAGAGAGCUUCCGAUCCUUUGAUGAGUCGGGAUAUUGUGAGAGAUUGUCUGGAGAAGGACCCAAUUGACAGAACAGACGAUGACAUUGAACAACUGUUGGAAUUUAUGCACCAGCUGCCUGCUUUUGCCAACAUGACGAUGUCUGUGAGACGGGAACUCUGUGCUGUAAUGGUGUUUGCUGUAGUAGAAAGAGCAGGGACCAUAGUGCUAAAUGAUGGUGAAGAACUGGAUUCUUGGUCAGUGAUCCUGAACGGUUCUGUGGAAGUGACUUAUCCAGAUGGAAAAGCAGAAAUACUAUGUAUGGGAAACAGUUUUGGUGUUUCUCCUACCAUGGAUAAAGAAUACAUGAAAGGAAUAAUGAGAACAAAAGUGGAUGAUUGCCAGUUUGUCUGCAUAGCCCAGCAAGAUUACUGCCGUAUACUCAACCAAGUAGAAAAGAACAUGCAAAAAGUUGAGGAGGAAGGAGAAAUUGUUAUGGUGAAAGAACAUCGAGAACUUGAUCGCACUGGAACCAGAAAGGGACAUAUCGUCAUCAAGGGCACUUCUGAAAGAUUAACAAUGCAUUUGGUGGAAGAACAUUCUGUGGUGGAUCCAACAUUCAUAGAAGACUUCCUUUUGACUUAUAGAACUUUUCUCUCUAGCCCAAUGGAAGUGGGCAAAAAGUUGCUGGAGUGGUUUAAUGACCCGAGCCUCAGGGAUAAGGUUACACGGGUAGUAUUACUGUGGGUGAAUAAUCACUUCAAUGACUUCGAAGGAGAUCCUGCAAUGACUCGAUUUCUAGAAGAAUUUGAAAAUAAUCUGGAGAGAGAGAAAAUGGGGGGACACUUGAGGCUACUAAAUAUUGCAUGUGCAGCUAAAGCAAAAAGAAGAUUGAUGACGUUAACAAAACCAUCCCGAGAAGCUCCUUUGCCUUUUAUCUUACUUGGAGGUUCAGAGAAGGGAUUUGGCAUCUUUGUUGACAGUGUAGAUUCAGGUAGCAAAGCGACCGAAGCAGGCUUGAAACGAGGAGAUCAGAUAUUAGAAGUAAAUGGUCAAAAUUUUGAAAAUAUUCAGCUGUCCAAAGCCAUGGAAAUUCUUAGAAAUAACACACACUUAUCUAUCACUGUGAAAACCAACUUAUUUGUAUUUAAAGAACUUCUAACAAGAUUGUCUGAAGAGAAAAGAAAUGGUGCCCCUCACCUUCCUAAAAUUGGAGACAUCAAAAAGGCCAGUCGCUAUUCCAUUCCAGAUCUUGCUGUAGAUGUAGAACAGGUGAUAGGACUUGAAAAAGUAAAUAAAAAAAGUAAAGCCAACACUGUUGGAGGAAGGAACAAGCUGAAAAAGAUACUGGACAAGACUCGGAUCAGUAUCUUGCCACAGAAACCAUAUAAUGAUAUUGGAAUUGGCCAGUCUCAAGAUGACAGCAUAGUGGGAUUAAGGCAGACAAAACACAUCCCCACUGCUUUGCCAGUCAGCGGAACUUUAUCAUCUAGCAAUCCUGAUUUAUUGCAGUCACAUCAUAGAAUUUUAGACUUCAGUACUACGCCUGACUUGCCAGAUCAAGUGUUAAGGGUCUUUAAGGCUGAUCAGCAAAGCCGAUACAUCAUGAUCAGUAAAGACACCACAGCAAAGGAAGUGGUGAUUCAGGCCAUCCGGGAAUUUGCUGUGACUGCCACCCCAGAUCAAUAUUCACUAUGUGAGGUCUCUGUCACACCUGAGGGAGUAAUCAAACAACGAAGACUUCCAGAUCAACUUUCCAAACUUGCUGAUAGAAUACAACUGAGUGGAAGGUAUUACUUGAAAAACAACAUGGAAACAGAAACCCUUUGCUCUGAUGAAGAUGCCCAGGAAUUGCUAAGAGAAAGUCAGAUUUCCCUCCUGCAGCUCAGUACUGUUGAAGUUGCCACGCAGCUCUCUAUGCGGAAUUUUGAACUCUUCCGCAACAUCGAACCUACUGAAUAUAUAGAUGAUUUAUUUAAACUCAAAUCCAAAACCAGCUGUGCCAACCUGAAGAAAUUUGAAGAAGUCAUUAACCAGGAAACAUUUUGGGUCGCAUCUGAAAUUUUGCGAGAGACAAACCAGCUGAAGAGGAUGAAGAUCAUUAAGCAUUUCAUCAAGAUAGCACUGCACUGUAGGGAAUGCAAGAAUUUUAACUCAAUGUUUGCAAUCAUCAGUGGACUGAACCUGGCACCAGUGGCAAGGUUACGAACUACGUGGGAAAAACUUCCCAAUAAAUAUGAAAAGUUGUUUCAAGAUCUCCAGGACCUGUUUGACCCUUCUAGAAACAUGGCAAAAUACCGCAAUGUCCUCAAUAGUCAAAACCUACAACCCCCCAUAAUCCCUCUAUUUCCAGUUAUCAAGAAGGAUCUCACGUUCCUUCAUGAAGGAAAUGACUCAAAAGUUGAUGGGCUGGUCAAUUUUGAGAAGCUAAGGAUGAUUGCAAAAGAAAUUCGUCAUGUUGGCCGAAUGGCUUCAGUUAACAUGGACCCUGCCCUCAUGUUCAGGACUCGGAAGAAGAAAUGGAGGAGUUUGGGGUCUCUCAGCCAGGGUAGUACAAAUGCAACAGUCCUAGAUGUUGCUCAGACAGGUGGUCAUAAAAAGCGGGUACGUCGUAGCUCCUUUCUCAAUGCCAAAAAGCUUUAUGAAGAUGCCCAAAUGGCUCGCAAAGUGAAGCAGUACCUGUCCAAUUUGGAACUCGAAAUGGAUGAGGAGAGUCUUCAAACAUUAUCAUUGCAAUGUGAGCCAGCAACCAACACAUUGCCUAAGAAUCCUGGUGACAAAAAGCCUGUCAAAUCUGAGACUUCCCCGGUGGCUCCGAGGGCAGUGUCACAACAGAAAGCACAGCCACAGCCGCAGCCACAGCAACCGCAGCCAACUCAUAAAGUCAACCAAGGACUGCAGGUCCCUGCCGUGUCCCUUUACCCUUCACGAAAGAAAGUCCCAGUAAAAGACCUCCCACCUUUUGGUAUAAAUUCUCCACAAGCUUUAAAGAAAAUUCUCUCCCUGUCUGAAGAAGGGAGUCUGGAGCGUCACAAGAGACAAGCAGAAGACACAAUGUCAAAUACAUCUUCACAGCUUUCCUCUCCUCCUACUUCUCCACAAAGUUCUCCAAGAAAAGGUGGCAGUGGCAAUCAGCUGAGAUCUUUUGGCUCCGGGCAGUUGGACUUAACCAGUUCCUCCUCUUCUCUUGGAAGUGAGAACAGUAACAAGAAUAACAAUGCACCACGGACCUAUGGGAUAGGCUACACUUUGGCUCCCAGUGGUACUGUGGAUAAUUUCUCAGACUCUGGUCACAGUGAAAUUUCGUCACGAUCCAGCAUUGUCAGCAAUUCUUCCUUUGAGUCAGUGCCAGUCUCACUGCAUGAUGAGAGGCGCCAGAGACAUUCUGUCAGCAUCGUGGAAACAAACCUAGGUGUAGGCAGGAUGGAAAGACGGGCCACGAUUGAACCUGACCAGUACAGCUUAGGGUCCUACGCACCAAUGUCUGAGGGUCGAGGCUUAUAUGCUACAGCUACAGUAAUCUCUUCUCCAAGCACAGAAGAACUUUCCCAAGACCAAGGGGACCGAGCUUCACUCGAUGCUGCCGACAGUGGCCGUGGGAGCUGGACGUCAUGCUCUAGUGGGUCCCAUGACAAUAUACAGACCAUCCAGCACCAAAGAAGCUGGGAAACACUUCCAUUUGGGCACACUCACUUUGAUUAUUCAGGGGAUCCCACGAGUUUAUGGGCCUCCAGCAGUCACAUGGACCAAAUCAUGUUUUCAGAUCAUAGCACAAAGUACAACAGACAAAAUCAAAGUAGGGAAAGUCUUGAACAAGCUCAAUCCCGGGCAAGCUGGGCAUCUUCCACGGGAUACUGGGGAGAAGACUCAGAAGGUGACACAGGCACAAUAAAGCGAAGGGGUGGGAAAGAUGUUACCACUGAAGCUGAAAGCAGCAGCAUAGCGUCUGUGACUACAGAGGAAACCAAACCUGUUCCCAUGCCUGCUCACAUAGCUGUGACGACAAGUACUGCAAAGGGACUUAUUGCACGAAAGGAAGGCAGGUACCGAGAGCCUCCACCCACCCCUCCUGGCUACAUCGGAAUUCCCAUUACUGACUUUCCAGAAGGGCAUUCCCACCCAGCCAGGAAACCUCCAGACUACAACGUGGCACUUCAGAGAUCUCGGAUGGUCGCCCGACCUGCCGACACAGCCGGGCCUUCCCCUGUGCAGCAGCCCUCUGGACAUCCAGCGAGCGGCAGGCCGGUGAACAAACCACAGUGGCAUAAACCCAACGAGUCCGACCCACGCCUCGCCCCCUACCAGUCUCAAGGGUUCUCCACAGAGGAGGAUGAAGAUGAACAAGUAUCUGCUGUUUGAGGCACAGGCUUUUCUGGAUCCAGAGCUAGUCAUCUACAAGGAGAGCACAAGAAGACGUCCCUAGCAUUGGAGCCUUGGAACUCACAUUCUGAGGAUGGUGGACCAGUUUGCCUCCUUCCCUGCCUUAAAAGCAGCAUGGGGCUUCUUCUCCCCUUCUUCCUUUUCCCCUUUGCAUGUGAAAUACUGUGAAGAACUUGCCCUGGCACUUUUCAGACUUUGUUGCUUGAAAUGCACAGUGCAGCAAUCUCUGAGCUGUUGCUGCCUGCCACAUCACACAGUAUCAUUCCAGAUUCCAAGAUCAUCACCACAAGAUGAUUCCCGCUGGCUGCACGUCUCAAUGCCAGGAAGGAUUUUUUUCUUUUUUCUUUCUUUUUUUUUUUUUUAAUCUUCCUUUUAGAUUUCAAUCCAGUCAUAGCACUUGAUCUCAUUCGGAUAAUGAGAAAAGCUAGCCUUUGAACUACUUGGGGCUUUUAACCCACCAAGGAAGACAAAAACAAUGAAAUCCUUUGAGUACAGUGCUUGUCCACUUGUUUACAAUGUCCUCCUUAUAUUUUUUUAAUGAGUUUAAAGAUUGUGUUCAGAGAGUAAAUAUAUCGAUUUAAUGAUUACAGUAUUAUUUUAAACCUUUAAGUCGGGUUGCCAGCCUGGGUUUCUUUCUAAAAAAAAAAAAAAAAAAAACCAAAUCUAUCAGACAGGGUGUGGCCAUCCCAAGAAGAGAGAAAGACCUAGCUUAUGAUCCUGUCUUCCCAUGUCCUUCUGGCCUUGCCUAUGAAGUGCCCUAUCCUGCAAAUAUAAAAUAUUAGCCAGUUACUUAAAUACCAAGACACCUCAUUCACCCCUUCCCCGGUGGAUGAGGUUCUUCUGUACAACUGUUUGCACAUGGCCAGGGGAGGGAACUUGGACCCUUGUGUCCUAUGUCUGAGCCUUAUGGAGUUCAGGACCAGUGUCAUUGUUGAGGGGUGGGAGUGGGGGGGUGUCCUACUCCACUGAAAUGGAUGGCAAACCACAUCUUUUUUUUUUUUAAGUUAUAUUUCUUUGAUUUUUUUUUAAAUUUAGUUUUAGGGAUUUGUUUUCUUUUUGUUUUUAAAGAGAAAUGUUUAUAACUGGAUAGCAUUGCAGUGAAAAGCAGCCUGGGGUGUCAGAGCUAAUGCCAGCUGUUAGACUGCUCUUUGAAGACAGCCUCCCUUCACUGAAUUGGCAUCAGAGAACCACCAAAUCUUUAACAUGAUAAAAGACUAAAAACCCGGUUCUAGACCAGCCUUUGCAAGGAGGGUUAGUCACCAAAGACUGACCUGGUGGCUUUAUGAACACUGAGGAUAGAUAUGGCCUGAGUGUAGCAACCACCUGCUCACAGCUGCUAUUAACCCUGUAAUGACUGAAAUGACCCCCUCCACUCUAUUUUUGUGUUGUUUUUGCACAGACUCCGGAAAAGUGAAGGCUGCCAAUCCGAGUAGUACUCAAAUGUGAGGAACUGCUGGUCUUGGAUUUUUUUUCCAUUAAAUUCAGCUGAUCAUAUUGAUCAGUAGAUAAACGUAAAUAGCUUCAAAUUUUAAAAGUCGAAUUGCAGUGUUUUUUCACUGUAUCAAUAAACAAUGUCAGUGCUUUAUUUAAUAAUUCUCUUCUGUAUCAUGGCAUUUGUCUACUCGCUUAUAUAUUACAUUGUCAAUUAUGCAUUUGUAAUUUUAAAUGUAAUAUGCAUCAUUUGCCAGUUUUAUUAUAUAGGCUAUGGACCUCAUGUGCAUAUAGAAAGACAGAAACCUAGCUCUACCACAAGUUGCACAAAUGUUAUCUAAGCAUUAAGUAAUUGUAGAACAUAGGACUGCUAAUCUCAGUUCGCUCUGUGAUGUCAAGUGCAGAAUGUACAAUUAACUGGUGACUUCCUCAUACUUUUGAUACUACUUGUACCUGUAUGUCUUUUAGAAAGACAUUGGUGGAGUCUGUAUCCCUUUUGUAUUUUUAAUAAAAUAAUUGUACAUAUUGGUUAUAUUUUUGUUGAAAAUGGUAGAAAUGUACUAUGUUUAUGCUUCUACACCCAGUUUGUAUAAGCUGGAAAAUAAAUAAAUAUACCAUA